AUGGUUAAUUGCAUAAAGGGUUAAAAUUCUUCCGUUAAUGCAAAAAUGCAACUUGUUGAUUGAAUUUUGAUUCCGCGUUUUGUUUUUGCAAGCGAAAUGUUCUAAAUAUUUAUCGUGCAAGUUGCAGUGUCGGAAAAGAGAAACAAAUGUACCGGCCCACUGGUUCGCCGCCCCUUGUAAGCAGGUUAGAAGGAAAUGACACAAAAAAACAAUGUCCUGACUAUAACGAAGAAUUGUUGAAUUCAUCUGAAAAUAGAACGGAAAUACCUCUGUCGACGCAAGUGGAUUAUCAUACCUGGACAGACGGUUCCAAUGGAAUAUCUCAUGCCAAUCCCGCUUUCGUCUGCGAUAUAGAAGAUUCAGAGAAAAAAGCUUCAACUAAGACAGCUUUGGCUAAAGCCAUAAACGAAAAUAGUCAAGAAGCGGAUGAAAAGAGUGACAACGAUUGCUUGAGUCUCAUUUUUCGAAAAUUUCGUCGGAGAUUCCAACAUCACAAAAAAACAAUCAAGCGCUUGUUUAAGAUGCUACUGUUUCUUCUUUACAACGUAUACUUGGGAUUUGCUAUACAUAAAACCUGGAGGAGUAACACAUCUUGGUGUAAUGGACCUCGUUUUCUUGUUCUCAUAACUGUAUUAACAUACGUGAUUGUCCUUCAUUCUAAGGUUCUAAAACCCUAUAUUUACUGCAAGUUAGCCAUAUGUUUGGAACCAGUGACAAAGCAUCUAAAGAAAGUAUCUACGCUCAAAUAUUUUGAGAUAUUAGCUUGGUUGGUUGUUUGGGGCUGCGUUGUUCUUUUCCUCGUUUUAGACACAAAAGGUGACCGUUACAGGCUAGUGUCAGCUGCAGGAUUACUUAUACUAGUAUUUUUAGGUUAUGUUUGCUCAAAGCACAGACGAAAGGUGCGUUGGCGGCCACUGUUGUUCGGCGUACUUAUCCAGUUCCUUCUGGGCUUGGUGCUGCUUCGAUGGCCUGCGGGCCGUGAUGCCUUCGUAUGUUUUGGAGACAAAGUCACUGCUUUCUUGGGUGUCACUGACAAAGGUUCCACUUUCGUCUUCGGAUACCUCGUCAGCGGUAAAAUGGAGGGAGAGAAGAUUCCCGACCAACCGGCCAUAUUUGCGUUUAAGGUUUUGAGCGUGGUGAUUUUUUUCAGCUUUGUGGUGUCUUUGCUGUACCAUUUGGGAGUGAUGCAAGUGUUGGUGUCUCGGUUGGGACAGUUGCUGCGUUUUACAUUGGGAACUACUGCUUGCGAAUCGGCGUCUGCAGCGGCGAAUGUUUUCCUUGGCAUGACUGAGGCGCCUUUAUUGAUAAAACCCUACCUUCCUCUUCUGACAACAUCUGAGUUACAUGCCGUGAUGACAGGAGGGUUCGCUACAAUUGCAGGAUCCGUCCUAGCAGCUUACAUCAACUUUGGGAUCAGUGCUACGCACCUGUUAUCUGCUUCCGUGAUGAACGCCCCUGCGGCCCUGGCAUUCUCGAAGCUUGUUUAUCCAGAAACAGAAGAUAGUCAGACUGAACUUAACAACAUAAAAAUGGACAAAGGUUCUGAGGGAAGUGCUCUGGAGGCGGCUUGCAACGGUGCUUCUUCGGCUGUGAAAUUGGUCAGCAACAUCGCCGCCAAUCUCAUAGCAUUCGUGGCUUUCAUCGCGCUCAUAAACAAUCUGCUUAGCUGGUUUGGAUCCUUGCUUGAUUGGGAGGAGUUUAAUUUUGAGUGGAUCUUGUCUAAAUUGUUCGUUCCUUUGUCUCUACUACUCGGUGUGGAUUGGGAGGACAAAGAAAGAGUGGCUAAUCUAAUAGGACUCAAAACUGUGGUCAACGAAUUCGUCGCAUACAGACAACUAGCCACCUAUCAAGAGGCAAAAAUGUUGACCGCGCGAUCAUCUGCCAUCGCAACAUACGCACUGUGUGGAUUUGCAAACUUGUCUUCCAUUGGUAUUCAAGUGGGUGCUCUUGGAGCACUAGCUCCCUCUCGUAAAGCAGACGUUGCACGUAUAGCACUGAGUGCUAUGAUGUGCGGUUCGGCCACUUGUUUCAUGACAGCUUGCGUAGCAGGUACCCUGUUGACGCAUUGAAGAAGACUGGAUAAAUUUUCCAUUGUUUGGUUGAACCAAAGUUCUGUCACUCUUCAAAAAUGCAUGUAGCAUGCGUUGAAUUCACAACAGAUAUACGCACAAUCGUUAGUUACUAUUCCAAGUCUUCCUCUGCAGUCCGCGACAGCCAUUCAGAGUGCUAAGCAUUCUCUAGAAUGGCUAAGAUAGAAUAAUUUCAGCUUGAUAUGGUAAGACAGUGAUAAAUCAGAUUAGAUAAAUCUACUGAUUUGAAACAUCAAACAGCGAUCAAACUUCGUAUGAAUCAAUAUAAAAAUAACAAGAACUUGUUCUUUUCUAUGUUUCUUUAGAAACGUCAAAACUUUGGGAUCUUUCCAUAGAUUGCAACACCAUCUUUUAAAGGCUUAAAAAUUGUGCAUCUUACUUCAAAAUGUGCUGAUGAUACGAGUUAAAAAAAUUAAAUGGUACCACAGCCAAAAUUUAAAGCUCAUACUAAUUAUAUAUUUAUAUGAAUGGCAAUAAAACGAUAUGAGUUAAAAGGAAAAAAAAAAUGGAUUACGCUUUAUAACACGGAACAAGCUGCAGAUGAAUCAUAAAAUAGUGCUUGACAUCAAAACAACAGCUAAAAUAACAAAUAAUUUAACUCUUACCUGUCAUAUGGGAGCAGCCAAAUUUUUCAAUGCCAG